CACGCUCCACCACGUUCUCUCAAUUUUGAACAUCCUGUACCGUUGUUCUCUCUCCCAUGGCGACGGCGCGUGAAGAGAACCCUUACGAAGGCGGCGGCGGAGGGUUCGGUAAGUUCCGCAAAAGACCGUUCCGGCGAACCCAAACGACGCCGUACGAUCGUCCACCGACAGCGCUCAGAAACCCUACCAGGAACAACGGUUGGCUCUCGAAGCUCGUUGAUCCCGCUCAGAGACUCAUCACUUAUAGCGCCAACAGGCUCUUCUCCUCCGUUUUCCGCAACCGCCUCACUGCACCUCCUCCUCCUCCUCCUCCAGAAACAGUUCCGGAAGUGAGGGAAAAUCAUCACCAGGAAUCAGCUAUCACUGAGGAACAGGUUGCUAAUGAAUCCAACGGCAAGCAAAAAGUAGUAGGUGAAAGUAGUGUUCAAAAUAACUGUUCUGAUGGAGGUGGAUUAACUGAACUUGAGAAACUAUUCAAGCAAAAGACAUUCACUAGAUCAGAGAUUGAUCAUUUGACAGAACUCUUGCGUUCAAGAACUGUGGAUUCACCUAUUGGGGAAGGGAAGAGGACAGAAGUGGUUCCACCAGAUUCAACAUUGCCUUGUAAACAAAAGGAAGAAUAUUCCCAAACUCCUGUGCUAGAAAAUGGGAUUGGAAGUGAUCUUGUUUCAACCCCAUAUGUUACCUCUAGUGUUUCUAUUGAGGAUGUUGCUUCACCUGCCGAGCUUGCAAAGUCUUACAUGGGAAGCAGACCUUCCAAGAUAGCUCCAUCAAUGUUAGGCUUGCGAAGUCCGCCCAAGGAGGAUCCUAAUUUACUAAAAAGCCAACACUUCGCUCAUAAAUCCCCUAUUAUGUCAAUUGUGCCAAGGGCUACUACUACCGUUGCUAGGGUUCACGAGAAUGGUUUUGUGCCCCCAAGAUCUCGUGGAAGAUCAGCAAUAUAUAGUAUGGCUCGAACACCUUAUACCAGAGUUCAUCCAGCCUCCACACUCAAGAGUGCUAGGGUUGGAGUUGAAGGUGAACUUUCAUCUUCGUCUCAGUAUGCAUUGGAUCAUGAUAUGCUUUCUGGAUCUAAACAAGGGGCAUUAAAACGGAGAAGUUCUGUAUUGGACAAUGAUAUAGGAUUCUUUGGUCCUGUACGUCGAAUCCGUCACAAGUCUAAUCUUCUGUCAUCUAAAGGCUUGACCUCACCUCAUUCAGGAGGCCAUCUAUCUAUAACUAGGAGUGAAGUUAAGCAUGGCCAUAUGAAAUUGUCAGCUGAAAAUAUUGAUGAUGCCAUGCCUAGUACUAGCUUUCCUCCUAUACCCUCAAAAUCUAGCGAUACAGCCUCAAAAAUACUGCAGCAACUUGAUAGAUUGGUUUCUCCUAAUGAGAAAUCAUCAGAAAUGAGGCUACAAGCUAUGAAUGAUAAAUCUCCAACAAAAUUGUCACCAUCCAUGUUGCGAGGAAAGGCUCUUCAAAGUAUGGAGACAGUAGAUUCAUCUAAAUUGCUCAAUAAUAUCCGAGAUAGUGACAUAGAUGACUCACAUGGCUAUUUGUCUGCUAGUGCUAAAAAGUUAUCAAAGAUUGACAAGGUUGAAAGUGGUCCAUCAAAGGUUGUUUCUCCUGAUCAUGGAUUAGUUCCUUUUGCAACUGAUGCAGAUGCUACAGUGACAAGAAAUCAAGAUAUGUCUACUGUAAAAUUUGGAGAUUCUUCCGUGACAAAACCUGUUUCUUAUCCUCCCCAGAAAAAGAGGGCAUUCCAUAUGAGUGCACAUGAGGAUUUUCUGGAGCUGGAUGAUGAUGCUUAUCCUAAUGGAGCUGUAUCUCCUUUCUCUACGUCUGGGAAAGAAGCAGGGUCUACUGCUGUGUUCGAUAACUCUGCCGCUGAAACAGCUGUACAGGGGAUGCCCCGUAGUUCCUCUGUAGAAAUGCCAUCCAAAAGUUCAAUAGAUGGUAAACCUCAUGUUAGGACUGCUGAUGGAUCUAUAGUUGAUGGGAAGGUCAAUGCACUGACCUCAGUAACUUCAUCUAUUACUGAUACUACUGUUGAGACAACUACGGGUGCAGUUAAAGCUUCCACACACACAAUUUUUGGUUCUGACAAGUCUGCCUCGCAAAACGGAUCAGUUGGUAAUCCUUCCCUGUUUACCUUUGGGAAUAAAAUUGUUCCAUCAACAGAGCUCGCAGGUGCUGAAGCUCCAUCAAAAGAGUCUAUUAAAUCAGGUCCAGUACUUGGUCUGGAGAAAGCUGCAUUGUCAAAGGAGCAAAGUACUGAUGCUCCAUUAGUUAGUUUUGGCAUAAACAAAAAUGUUGACAAUGUUCCCCAAGUCCCAUCAUUUGUAUUCUCUUCACCAGUUGGUGGUAACUCUGCUGGUUUCAAAUUUGGUGCUUCUUCUGACUCAAAUCUGAGAUGCUCAACCAGGUCAGUCCCAACUCCUGUUGCUGGUACUGUUGAUUCAUUGCCAAAAGUUGGUGAAUCAGAUAAUGCUGAUGCGAAGACUACUGUAAUUGCUGGAUCCUCUGCUUGGUCAUCAGAACCAGCUGUCUCCUCUGCAGCAUCAACAUCAUUGUUGACAUCACCCACAAGCAUCUUUACUUUUGGAAAUGUUUCAAAUAAAAAUAAUGGGCCUGCUGUUUCAAGUCCUAUAUUUUCCUCUCCAUUUCCAUCUGUGGCUACUAAUAAUUUUACAAGUCAGAAUAUAUUCAGUAGCUCAUCCCCUGCAGCAAGCAGCAGCGCCACUGCAACAUCCACUAGCAGUGGCAUGACAUCUAGCAGCCCUGCUAUAUUUGCAUCCAGCAAUAACAGUUCUUCCACCCAAAUGAUGAAAUCUUCAUCUCCAACAACUUCCUUUUUCAAAUUUGGAUCCACUCCUUCACCGUCAGCAAGUUUACCUGUACCAUCCUCUGAACCUGUGGAAACCAAGAGCAGUCAGGAUGCUGGAUUUGGUAAUCUAGGCAGCACUUCCUUUGGAAGCUCUUCUGCUGUUGGAAGUACUGGGAAUGGUACUUUUGGGUUUAGUUCUUCGGCAACUACAACUGUAAAUAGCAAGUCUCCGGGAUCUGUCGUUGGCACUAAAACUGAGUCUGUCCUUGGUACUCUAGCACCUUCUUCUACUAGUGGUUUUGCAACUUCCACUCAGAUUCAAUCUGUGUCCUUUGGCUCAUCUGCAUCAUCCUCGUUAUUUGGGUUGACUGGGAAUACAACUGUUUCUUCAGGGAGUUCAUUGUUUCCUUCUGCAAGUUCUGCCUCAAAUAUUUUUAACUUUGGUACAACUUCUGGACAAAGUUCCCCUGCUUCCUCAUUGGGAGCCAACCCUGUUAACUCCAAUAAUGGUACGAGUUCUACUUCAUUUGGACUUUCCAGUUGGCAGCCUGGCAAGUCUUCUCCCUUUGGUACUUCCUUUAGUUCAUCAUCUUCAUCCACCUCAGGGUUUUCCUUUGGAACAACCACUCCUUCUGUUGCUACCACCAAUUCUCCCAUGAUGUUUGGAUCAUCCACUGGUGCAUCAGGUCCUCAAUUCUCAUUCACUUCAGCUGUGGCUACGACCAACACGCUGCCUUCUUUUGGAAGUCCUAGUCCUGCUUUUGCAUUUGGUUCCACUUCCGUUAAUAAUGAUCAGAUGAGCAUGGAGGACAGUAUGGCUGAGGACACAGUUCAAGCAACUCCACCUGUGACUCCUGUAUUUGGUCAGCAGUCUGCCCCAGUUCAAUCAAACUUCGUAUUUGGAGGAGGAUCCACUCCAACAGGAGCUAAUCCUUUCCAGUUUGGGGGUCAACAGAGUAUUGCUCAACAGAAUCCAUCUCCAUUUCAGGCUUCUGGAAGUCUAGACUUCAAUGCUGGAGGGAGCUUCUCAUUGGGUACUGGUGGUGGUGGUGACAAAUCUGGUCGAAAGAUUGUGAAACUUAAACAUAGGCAGCGUAAGAAGUAGGACUAUUGUAUAUUGAAAUGGUUAUUUAUGUCACUGCUGCAGUCCGCCUUUCAUCAGUGCAACAGAUUAAUAAGUUCAAAGGUAAGUGAUUCCUGAAUUUGGCUGUUCAACAAUCUGGAAAGGGACACUAUCACAACAUAUGCCAGCAGCAAGCUUAUCAUUCGCACAUUUUCUUUGCUUCUUAUACAAUGCAAAGGCUUAAUUUAUCACAAUUUUGUAUGGAUAUGAUAGAACAUCAUCUGCUUACUUUUAAUGGUUUUAGGUCACAAUUGGAGAUCGAGAUUUGGUCAGUUAUGUUCACGGAAUCCAUGUAUUUGUUACAUGUAUCAUAGGCAGAUAAUAGGCGGCAUGAAUUAUGGUUUAGUUGGUUGUCAUAAUUCAAUGCCCUACUUUGAUGGAUUAGAUAGUGAACUGUCUGUACUCUAUGUGUUAAGUUUAUAAAAUACUAUUAUCAAGAGGAAUGUUGCUAUGGACAUUUUUGUUGAGUGAUCA